AUGGGAGAUCAUGGGAAUCGAAUACAUCAGAUACAAAGAACGACAACGGGUCGAGUGGAAGAACGAUCACCCCUUUUCUCGAUUCGUUUACCCGACGAGUGGAAAAGAAAAAACGCGAAAGCGCACAAAAAUUUGCGAACAAAUGCCAAUCGCCUUGUCACCAAUUUCGAUCUCCACAAAACUUUGCGACACUUGGCACUCUCCGGGCGGGAAGAUCUUGAGCCACCUAAAUACGGUGUGAAUCUUUUCUCUCAAAUGCUCAAUUCGACUCGUGGAUGUGAAGAAGCGGAAAUCCCUGAGAAUUUCUGUCUUUGCAUGGAACAACAAGAAAAUAAAUCGCUUCGAUUGACAAAUGAAACCGAUGUCUACAAGAAAUUAUUCGCAUCACUCUCCGAAAGAAUCCUCUCACUUCCUUGUGUCAAAUCGAUUCGCCCACAUUUCCGAUAUCCGACGUUAGAAGUGUUUUCUCUUAAUCAAAUGGUUCUACAUGGACUUCGGCAUGAGAAUCAAUGGGAUUCUGUGAAGAAUUACACAAGUGCCUCCGAUUUUGAGUGGAUUGAGUUGGGAAUGAUUGCUGAUAUGCACAAAAGAUAUGAUGGCUUUGAGUUGAGUUUUGGUCUCAUUGCUCGUUAUCGUCAUCGAUUAUCGACGGAUCUCUACGAAUUGAGCGAAUCGCCGAGAGUACAUGAGAGAACGGCCAUUUGCAAUGCGCCGACAGUCGAUGAGGUGAUC